AUGGACAGGGAUACGAUGCUUGAGAAUUUUCUGGCGUGUACUGGAUUAACAGAUAUCACAUAUGCAAUAUCAAUACUGGAGGACCAUAACUGGGACUUAAUGGCCGCUGUUUCCAGCAUUAUUAGUGACGUGUCGCCAGCAGGAUCAUCAUUUGUCCAAGAAGAUCAAUCUGCUCCAUACUCCACAGUUCUUCCUAUGACUCCGCUUGGUGGACCCAUUCUGUCACCUGAAUCGUCAAUGAAUCAUAACUUAGGAACUCAAACCGUUUCCGUAUCAACUAUGUGUGAUUUUGAUACUGAUGUUUCAGGGUGUAAUGUAUCUCCAGCGAUUUCUCGAUCAGUUAUUGAACUGGACAGUGAUCAAGCUACUAUUAAUUCCAAUAGACCAGUUCGUAUCCUGAAUUUUGAAAUAGAUUUGGAAUUGCCUAUGAAUGAUGAUACAGAUCAUGAACAAAAAGUUGUAAAAGAAAGUUUUCCUUUCCCUGAUACGGAGACAGUUGGAUUUUUGAAACAACAUUUUAUUGACUGUCGGUUGACUGAGCUCAUACAGUUAGCAACUAGUCCAGAAUUAGGAUCAAAAAUAACUGAAUGUAGCAAAGCCAACCUCUUAAAGUAUCUUGUUUUGGAGAGUUCUGGAUCUCAUUCUUUUGCUGACAACUCAACACUCCUUCGUGCAUUACAUCUGCCGAAAUGUAUUAAACUUCGAGCUAAACUCAAUCCGGAUUUAUUACCUAACUCUAAUUAUUCAAAUCAACAAAAUGGUGGACAAGUUGUAUUUCAUAUUAGUGUAAAUAAAACAAAUGACAAUGAAAUACCGGCAUCAACGACUACUACUACUACUAUGACUACUGGUAGUAGUAGUAGUAUUUAUGCUAACACUAAAAACCGUGACGAUGAUGAUAUUCAUCAAUCUAAAAGUAAUCAACUAACUACUGGUAGAUCAUGUUCACCUUAUGCUUAUCAUGAUUUAUGUUUACCAUGUGAUUCAUAUAUAUCACAACUAUGUAAUGAUUUAUAUCGUAUUACUGGUAUACCAAUAACAAGUCAAUUAUGGUCUAUUCAAUCAAAACAUAAUCGUAAUCGUAAUAAUAAAAGUCUAUUAGUCAAUGAACAAAUACCAUCGAAUGAAGUGUUAAACUCAUUAGUUAAUGAAUUGAAUCAACAUUAUCCACAACAGUCAUUUAAAACUCAAUCCCUUUUGUCAAAACAUUCAAAUGUUGCUUCUACUACUAUCAACACUAAUGAUGAUGAUGUUGCUGAACAAAAAUCUAGUCAUAACAACUUAACAUUAGCUGAUUGUGGUUUGAAAUCAGGUGAUGUUUGUAAUUUAUGUUUAACUGCUUCAAAUCCAUUAAAUCAUCAUAAAAAUCCAAGUAAAGCUCAGCUAUCUCACAAUGAUGUUGAUACCCAUUCCAAAUCAUUACAACAACGAGUAAAGAAGUCAUCAUCAAAUCCUUUUGAUGAUAAUAUUCCUAGUAGUUCUUCCACUGCCACUACUACCACUGCUGCUGCUGCUACUGACGUCUUCAUCACUGAAAAUUCCUCAACUAGGAAUAAGUCUAGUCGUAAAAUAUCAAAUUCAAAAAAACCUAAUUAUCGUAAUGUGUCUCCAGAAAUUGGAUUCGAUGACGAUUAUGAUAACUAUAACGACGACAACGAAGAGGAGGAGGAGGAGGAGGAUGAAGAUUAUGACAUGGAUUAUCAUUAUUCCAGUGAUGAAAUACUUGAUGAAACUGGUGAUAAAAAAAUCACUCCAUGGAAUCAACCGUUAAUUCCUGAUGAUCCAAGUCUCGAAGAUCCCGAAUUAGCCACACAACAAUUUUGUAUAGGAUUUUUACAACGUUAUUGUAGGGAUGGUGUAACUAUGUCACCACCAUUUUCUACAUGUAGUUUUGAAACUGCUCUAUCUUUGUCAGUUGGUACUAGUCAAGUGUGUGAUCGUAAACCAUUAUUCAUCUAUUUACAUAAUGAUUCAAGUAUAGCAUGUCAUGUAUUCUGUCAACAAAUUUUAUGUUCAUCUGGUUUAAUAAGAUUUUUAACUGAUCAUGAUUUUAGUUUAUGGCCAUGGGAUAUAACAUUAACACGUAUUAAAGAACGUUUAAUUGGUUGGUUUGAAGUGAAAUUACCAAAUUUAUCAAGAAUAAUUACAUCAUUAAGUGUAGAUAGUUAUCCUAUUCUAGCAAUGAUUGUCAAAUUAUCAGGUCAAUUAGAAGUGUUAUGUAUUGUAAUGGGUACUGGGAUUGUAAAAAUGUGGCCACCAAUUGAUCAUUUUCCACCUUUACUAAAUGUACGUCGUAGUAGUAGUAGCAGUCAUUUUACAACAUCUUUACAAUCAAUGAAAAAUGAUGAUAAUUCCUCGUCAGCAGGAGGCGGUUGUGGUAGUUUAAAACCAGAUGUAAUUGUUGCAGAAUUAUGGCAAGCUUAUACAACAUAUUUGGAAUUGUUAGAACCGGAAUGUGCAGCUGAACGUGAAAUUAUUGCUCGACGACGUGUACUAGAAGAACAAGAAGCUGCCUAUGAAGAAUCAUUACGACGUGAUCAAGAAAAGGAAUGGGAACGUGCUAAAGCCAAAGCGGAAGAAGAUAAACGUAAACAACUUGAAGAAGAGAAACGUAUAAAUGAUGAAAUAAAAGCUACACAGCAUCGAUUACUCAUGGCUGCUAGUUUGCCACCGGAACCGCCUACACCAAAGACACCAGCAGCUGAAGCAUUUUUAUCUACACCAAAUGGUGUUGAUGGUAUUACAACGUUACGUUUUCGUUUACCUCCUCAAUGUUCUAAUGAUCCGAAUGUAAAGCAUAAUACAAUGAUUCGACGUUUCGCUGGUUCAGAUAUUUUAAAACAUGUAUUUAUGUUUAUGGAAUCGAAAGGUUAUUCCAAAUCAGAUUAUAAACUCUUCACUACAUAUCCAAUUCGAGAUUUAACUUUAAUGGAUGAAAAUAUGACUUUAGCUAAUUUGGAUCUUGUACCACAAGAAACACUUACUUUAGAAUUACGUUGA